AUGAAUUUUUUAUAUAAUUAUGAUAAUCGUUCUCCUGUAAUAUCUAUCAAUGGUAUUUGCGGAUCUAGUCAACCAUUGGCUUCGCAGGUUGGUAUCGAUAUUUUGAAAUCAGGAGGAAAUGCUGCGGAUGCUGCCGUAGCCAUGGCUGCCACUCUUAACAUAACUCAACCUUGUGGCAGAGCACCAUCAAAGUUAACACUUGAUUUAAUAAGAGAACGUGGUAUCAAUGGAAAUUCAAUACCUUUUGAUAGUCCACUUGCCAUUACAGUACCGGGUGCUGCAGCCGGUUGGUGUGAUACUGUCGAGCAUUUCGGAAGUGGUAAACUGAGUUUUCAACAAAUACUUCAACCCGCUAUCGAUUAUUGUGAACAAGGUGUUCCAAUUCAUAUUAUUACUUCUCAGGAUUGGAAUGCCAAUGCAUAUCAAUUGGAAAGAUCAGAGAAUGCCGGUGAGUUGAAAAUAGAUGGUAAAGCACCAGUAGUUGGUGAUAUCUUUAAGAAUCCAACUUUGGCUAAUACCUUUAGACUACUUGCAAAGCAUGGAAAAGAUGGAUUCUAUAAAGGUUCCGUUGCUGAUGCAAUCAUAAAGGUGAUUAACAAUCUUGGUGGAGUAAUGACACAUUCCGAUCUUGAGAAUCAUACAUCAACACUUGACACUCCAAUCUCUGUAAACUAUCGUGGAUACAAUGUCUAUGAAAUGCCACCCAAUGGUCAAGGUUUAACUGUUCUACUAGCAUUGAGAAUUUUAGAAGGAUUUGAUCUAAGUAAACUUGAUCCACUAUCAGAUCAACAUACACAUCUUUUGAUUGAAGCACUUAGACUUAGUUUUGCAGAUACAAGAUACUAUGUUGCAGAUCCUGAAUUCUCAAAAGUACCAAUAGAAGAGUUGCUCUCUAAAGAAUAUGCCGAGUCAAGAAGAUCGCUCAUCAAUGAAUAUCAUUCAAAUAGAACUAUUGAUAAAGGCUAUCCAACAAACGGUAGUAAUACUGUGUAUUUAUCAGUUGCAGAUAAAGAUGGAAAUGCUUGUAGUUUUAUUAACUCUAAUUAUACAGGUUUUGGAUCAGGUAUUAUUCCGAAAGGAUGUGGAUUUACACUUCAUAAUAGAGGUGCUAAUUUUGUAUUGGACGAAACACAUCCAAAUUGUUUGAAGCCAAAUAAAAGACCAUAUCAUACCAUUAUACCAUCUAUGAUCACUGAUAAAUAUGGUGAAUUGUAUGCCAGUUUUGGUGUAAUGGGGAAGUUUAUCCAGCCUCAAGCGCAAGUGCAAACCAUUGUUAAUCUAAUCGAUCACAAGAUGGAUCCUCAAGCAGCACUUUCACACCCUAGAUUCAUGAUUGACGGUGGUGAUCAUCCCAGUGAAGUGUACUUUGAACCAGAAUUCGCCAAUAUAUUGGAAUCACUUAAGAAACGAGGUCAUAACAUUGGUUUGGAACCAGCACAUCGACAUAUUUUUGGUAACGGACAAGUAAUAGUUUCAAAGCUUAACAAUCAAAAUCAAAGAAUACUCAUUGCUGGCUCUGACAAUAGAUGUGAUGGUGUCGCGAUUUCCUAUUAA